UCAGAUGUUUGUGAAAUGUCAGUGACAUAUUUGUGUUGUUGUUGUUGUUGUUGUUGUUUAGAGGUGGAGGCCAAAGCGCUGAUCAAAGAGAGACAAAAGAAAGACAACCACAACCUGAUCGAGAGGAGGAGGAGAUUCAACAUCAACGACCGCAUCAAAGAGCUCGGAGCUCUCAUCCCCAAAUCCUCCGACCCGGAGUCGCGGUGGAAUAAAGGGACCAUCCUGAAGGCGUCGGUGGAUUACAUCCGAAAACUGCAGAAGGAGCAACAGAGAGCUCGAGAGAUGGAGGAGAGACAGAAGAGGCUGGAGAGCACCAACCACUCCCUGCUGCUCCGCAUACAGGAGUUGGAGCUUCAGGCUCGUCUCAACGGCCUGUCUGCCUCCCCCUCCUCCUCCUGC